AUGUCGGACAAACGUAACACAGAUGAAAUAACGCCAGUAAGUCAAGUAGGCAUCAGAGUCAACGACGAGGAGGCUAAGGAGAAGUACGAAAACAAUGCCACCAAUGUCAGCUCAGAUAACAACGCAGACGACAAACCCUACUCAGUCUUCACUCACAACGAAAAGCGAAUCAUUGUUCUCUGUGCCGGCCUUUCACAAUUCUUCUCCCCAAUCUCUGGGCAAAUUUAUUUUCCAUCACUCAAUGCCAUCGCGGCUGACCUGCACGUCUCCAAUUCACUGGUCAACUUGACAAUCACAACGUAUCUGAUCAUGCAAGGUCUCGCACCCGCAUUCGUCGGUGGCUUUUCCGACAGUUCAGGACGAAGACCCACGUACUUCAUAUGUUUCAUCAUUUAUGCUGCGGCCAACAUUGGCCUCGGUGUUCAAAACAACUACACCGCACUAAUGGUCCUACGCUGUCUCCAGAGCGCUGGUGGCAGUGGCACAGUUGCACUUGCACAGGCAGUCGUCUCCGACAUCGUCACAUCGCAGGAGCGGGGUGCCUACGUUUCGUACAUGUCAAUCGCCUCGCAGGCUGGGCCAUCACUUGGCCCACUCAUCGGCGGUCUUCUUGGACAGUACCUUGGCUGGCAUUCAAUAUUCUGGUUUUUGCUUAUCUCCAUUAGUGUGGUAUUCGUGCCAGCCGCGCUAUUUCUAGCUGAAACGUGCAGAAACGUUGUUGAUGAUGGGUCUGUGCCACCGCCUAAAUGGAGGCGUUGUUACAUAAACUCAAAAGUAGAGAAGAGGAUCAUCGCAGAAGGCCGACGGAUUCCAUUCGACAAGCGGGACCAGCUCGCUCGAAAAAGAAAACUUCGGUUUCCUAAUCCCUUGGAUACGGUCAAGAUCGUAUUCACAAAAGAAGCUGGCUAUAUAUUAGUAUACAUCGGGAUGGUGUGUUGCGGGUACUAUGCCACCGUCGCUCUAAUUCCCUCCCAGUUCGGCACCGUCUACGGCUUCAAUCAGAUCCAAAUCGCGCUGUGCUAUCUGCCACUCGGCUGCGGGAGCUUACUCGCCGGCCUGAUCCGUGGUAGGAUCAUCGACUCAAGAUACAAAGCCCACGCCAAACGACUGAAUUUCCCACUGAAAUACAACCGCCAGGUUGAUCUGAGCAACUUCCCUAUCGAGCGCGCUCGGUUGGAAGUCGUUGUCCCAACCCUCGCCCUUGGUUCCGCGUGUUUCAUUGGGUUCGGGUGGAUGAUUCAAUACAAAGUCAAUCUGGCUGGUCCGUUGGUCUUCCUCUUUGUCAUUGGCUUUUGUGUUAGCGCGUCGAUAAACACUGUCUCGGUCUUGCUUGUAGAUAUCUAUCCUGGGAAAGCGGGGACAGCAACCGCGGCUAAUAAUCUCGUGCGCUGUUGGCUGGGAGCGGGCGCGACAAGUGGGGUGGAGCCAUUGAUUAAGAAAGUGGGCAUUGGGUGGACUACUACUUUCUUCGGCCUUCUUAUUUUUGUAUUCAGUCCGAUUCUUUGGUAUAUUAUGAAGAAUGGUCCGAAGUGGCGUCGUGCUACCAAGGAAAGGAAAGAACGACAAGAGGCUAAACGAGAGGCAAAAAUCCAUGGAGACAGUGGAGAUAGACAGCCAUGA